GCCCAAAUUCUGCCAUUCUCCAUAGCCCGGAGUUACAAGCACACUGAGAAAACCCAGCACGAAUGUGAGAGGAAAAGAGAGACAGAGAGAGCAAGUGACAAAGUAACUAAUAAAACCAGAAAAAAAAUAAAAUAAAGUGAGGCUUCGCGCCUCGAGAAAGAACAAGAGUAUACACGAGUACGUUCAAGUUUAGUUUAGAAAGCGUGGUGGAAAACUUUUCUGGGCUGUGGCAGAAAGCUGUGGACCGCGGAAGAUGCCAGAGCAAAGGUGUUGAACUGUAACAGAAUAUAGAGGAAGACGGGAGAGAGUUUCAGCAUUAGCCUUGGAAAUUCAGAAAGAACAAGGGCUGACACGGUCCACACUAGGGGACAGGUGAAGAAGUAACACAUUUAGAGAUGGCUGAUGAGCAGGACACAAGGGAAGUGCUUUUCCCACAGUGGACGGGCACUGAUAAGCUUGGUCUCACCAUAGAACAAAAAGGUCAAGGAGAGAUUUUUGUCAAAGAGGUGAAAGAUGAGUCCCCUGCUGCUCAUACUGGAAAAGUAUAUGAAGGUGACCAAAUUGUGGGGGCCACCAUUUACUUUGAUAACAUGAGCUCAGAAGAAACGGCUGAAUUAUUAAAGACUCUAAAUCGACAUAAGGUUGGACUAAAAUUACAAAAUAAGUCUGGAGACAGGUCGCCUUGCCGUUCUCCAAUGGGGACAUUGUCACGGGAAGGACGUGGAGGGUUAGGAGGUUCUAGUUCAGACAUUCUUCUGAGUGGGGAUGACGAAGACUACAAGAGAAUCUACACUAAGAAGAUUAAACCUAGGCUAAAGUCAGAGGAUCUUGCUGAGGGUGUUGAUGUGCGCACAGAACGUCACAGCAGCACAAGCAGUGAUGGUUGCACCAUUACUACAAUCACUCGUCGAAUAACUACCUACACUGUAGACGUGCCUGGGGAGACUAGUCAGCAGAUUGAUCACUCAAGCCCUGAGUUCAAAUUUCAGGUCUUGCAGCAUGAGCAGUCGGAGGGGGAUUCUACUCAAAUUAGAUUACCACAUAGUAGCCUUGUUAGUGGUGCACAUGGAGGUAUACAAAUGGGGGACAUAACUCUUAGCGGUCCCCAUGUCACUGGCUCCACUGUGAAGCACUCUAGCACAGAAUCUGGAAAAGCAACAAGUGAAUUAGAUGGUAGUGGUAAAGAGAUUAUAAUUAAUGUGUCAGACACUGGACUGUCAGGUGGUAGAGGACAGAAGGGGAUAGAACAUUUUGGAAGGACUGAAGCUUCUGCAGGUAGUAGUGAUCUCUCUGGCAGAGUAACCAUGGGGUUAGACAAAGACAUGAGAAAUAUUUCUUCUCCAUUGGAAACUGGUUUUAAAGCUUCAAGUAUGAUGGGAGGAACUGAGGUUCCUACAGUAAAGGGCCCUGUUCUGAAUACUCGUGUUUCAGGUUUUUCCAUUAGUGGAGAUACAGGGGGCAGUAUUGGCAGGGAAUCUUUAUCUGAAGUGCGUAAGGAUGGGUCUGCUGAUAAAACCAAAUUGUCUAAAGUUACCAUAGAUGUGCAAAGGCCCAAGGAAGUUCAAAAUGUGGAAGAGAAUUUUAACAAUCAAAAUCUUAAAGAUAUUAGUCAGAGAGGUUUCAGCAUAACUGGGAAUCAAGAAAUGUCAGCUAGGGUUCAGGAACCUGAUACAGUAGUAUGUCUACCCAAAGCUGAUGUAAAAAUCACACAACCAGAUAUGGAUGUCAGGGGUCUAGAGCUUCACUUCAAAGGACAUGAGCCUACAGUCAAAGAUGUCAAAUUUGAUGCGCCAUCAAUCACUGGUCAAAUUUCUAUGCCAGAUAUAGAUUUAAAUCUCAAAGGACAAAAAAUGAAUGAUGUAAAUCUUGCUAAAGCCAAAAUGGAGAUUAAAGCACCAGAUGUGGAAAUCAAGAGUCCAGAGUUUAAUGUUGAGAAAUCUGAAGUAAGAGUCAGAUAUCCCGAAAUCAAGAUACCACCAGUCUCCGGUUCUAGGAUUGCAGUGUCUGACGAGAACUUAAAUGUAAAAGGGUCAACAUUGAAUGCACCAGAUGUUGACAUCAAAGCUUCUGAGGUUGAUAUUGGAGGACCUGAGGGAAAAAUCAAGGGCCCCAAAUUCACAAUGCCGUCGAUCUCUGGUCCAAAAAUUUCUAUGCCAGACGUUGACUUAAAUCUGAAAGGUCCUAAACUGAAAGGCGAUAUUGACGUGUCCAUUCCAAAAGUGGAAGGAGAUAUUAAAGCACCAAAAGUUGAAAUUAAAGGCCCAGAAAUGGAAGUAUCUGAGGAUGGAUUUAAGAUACCAAAGAUCAAAAUGCCAUCAUUCGGAAUGAAGGGUACAAAACUGGAAGGUCCAGAUGUAGAUGUGAAAAUCUCUAAAACUGAUAUUGACAUUAAGGCACCAAAUGUGGACAUCAAAGCUCCAGAGGUUGACAUUGAAGGACCUGAGGGAAAAAUCAAGGGCCCCAAAUUCAAGAUACCAUCAGUCUCUGGUCCAAAUAUUUCUAUGCCAGAUGUCGACUUCAAUCUGAAAGGUUCAAAACUGAAAGGUGAUGUUGACGUGUCUGUUCCCAAAGUGGAAGGAGAUAUUAAAGCACCAAAAGUGGAAAUUGAAGGCCCAGAAAUUGAAGGACCUGAGGGUGGUUUUAAGAUGCCAAAGAUCAAAAUGCCAACAUUUGGAAUGAAGGGUCCAAAACUGGAGGGUCCAGAUCUUGAUGUGAAAAUCCCUAAAGGCGAUAUUGACAUUAAGGCACCAAAUGUGGACAUCAAAGCUCCAGAGGUUGACAUUGAAGGACCUGAGGGAAAAAUCAAGGGCCCCAAAGUCAAGAUACCAUCAGUCUCUGGUCCAAAGAUUUCUAUGCCAGAUGUUGACUUCAAUCUUAAAGGUCCAAAACUUAAAGGUGAUGUUGACGUGUCUGUGCCCAAAGUGGAAGGAGAUAUUAAAGCACCAAAAGUGGAAAUUGAAGGCCCAGAAAUUGAAGGACCUGACGGUGGUUUUAAGAUGCCAAAGAUCAAAAUGCCAACAUUUGGAAUGAAGGUUCCAAAACUGGAGGGUCCAGAUGUUGAUGUGAAAAUCCCUAAAGGCGAUAUUGACAUUAAGGCACCAAAUGUGGACAUCAAAGCUCCAGAGGUUGACAUUGAAGGACCUGAGGGAAAAAUCAAGGGCCCCAAAGUCAAGAUACCAUCAGUCUCUGGUCCAAAGAUUUCUAUGCCAGAUGUUGACUUCAAUCUGAAAGGUCCAAAACUUAAAGGUGAUGUUGACGUGUCUGUGCCCAAAGUGGAAGGAGAUAUUAAAGCACCAAAAGUGGAAAUUGAAGGCCCAGAAAUUGAAGGACCUGAGGGUGGUUUUAAGAUGCCAAAGAUCAAAAUGCCAACAUUUGGAAUGAAGGGUCCAAAACUGGAGGGUCCAGAUGUUGAUGUGAAAAUCUCUAAAACUGAUAUUGACAUUAAGGCACCAAAUGUGGACAUCAAAGCUCCAGAGGUUGACAUUGAAGGACCUGAGGGAAAAAUCAAGGGCCCCAAAUUCAAGAUACCAUCUGUCUCUGGUCCAAAGAUUUCUAUGCCAGAUGUCGACUUCAAUCUGAAAGGUCCAAAACUGAAAGGUGAUGUUGACGUGUCCGUUCCCAAAGUGGAAGGAGAUAUUAAAGCACCAAAAGUGGAAAUUGAAGGCCCAGAAAUUGAAGGACCUGAGGGUGGUUUUAAGAUGCCAAAGAUCAAAAUGCCAACAUUUGGAAUGAAGGGUCCAAAACUGGAGGGUCCAGAUGUUGAUGUGAAAAUCCCUAAAGGCAAUAUUGACAUUAAGGCACCAAAUGUGGACAUCAAAGCUCCAGAGGUCGACAUUGAAGGACCUGAGGGAAAAAUCAAGGGCCCCAAAGUCAAGAUACCAUCAGUCUCUGGUCCAAAGAUUUCUAUGCCAGAUGUUGACUUCAAUCUGAAAGGUCCAAAACUUAAAGGUGAUGUUGACGUGUCUGUGCCCAAAGUGGAAGGAGAUAUUAAAGCACCAAAAGUGGAAAUUGAAGGCCCAGAAAUUAAAGGACCUGAGGGUGGUUUUAAGAUGCCAAAGAUCAAAAUGCCAACAUUUGGAAUGAAGGGUCCAAAACUGGAGGGUCCAGAUGUUGAUGUGAAAAUCCCUAAAACUGAUAUUGACAUUAAUGCACCAAAUGUGGACAUCAAAGCUCCAGAGGUUGACAUUGAAGGACCUGAGGGAAAAAUCAAGGGCCCCAAAGUCAAGAUACCAUCAGUCUCUGGUCCAAAGAUUUCUAUGCCAGAUGUUGACUUCAAUCUGAAAGGUCCAAAACUUAAAGGUGAUGUUGACGUGUCUGUGCCCAAAGUGGAAGGAGAUAUUAAAGCACCAAAAGUGGAAAUUGAAGGCCCAGAUAUUGAAGGACCUGAGGGUGGUUUUAAGAUGCCAAAGAUCAAAAUGCCAACAUUUGGAAUGAAGGGUCCAAAACUGGAGGGUCCAGAUGUUGAUGUGAAAAUCCCUAAAACUGAUAUUGACAUUAAGGCACCAGAUGUGGACAUCAAAGCCCCAGAGGUGGACCUUGAAGGACCUGAGGGAAAAAUCAAGGGCCCCAAAUUCAAGAUUCCAUCUGUCUCUGGUCCAAAAAUUUCUAUGCCAGAUGUUGACUUCAAUCUGAAAGGUCCAAAACUGAAAGGUGAUGUUGACGUGUCUGUUCCCAAAGUGGAAGGAGAUAUUAAAGCACCAAAAGUGGAAAUUGAAGGCCCAGAAAUUGAAGGACCUGAGGGUGGUUUUAAGAUGCCAAAGAUCAAAAUGCCAUCAUUCGGAAUGAAGGGUCCAAAACUGGAGGGUCCAGAUGUUGAUGUGAAAAUCCCUAAAGGCGAUAUUGACAUUAAGGCACCAAAUGUGGACAUCAAAGCUCCAGAGGUUGACAUUGAAGGACCUGAGGGAAAAAUCAAGGGCCCCAAAUUCAAGAUGCCGUCGAUCUCUGCUCCAAAGAUUUCUAUGCCAGAUGUUGACUUCAAUCUGAAAGGUCCAAAACUGAAAGGUGAUGUUGACAUUUCCGUUCCCAAAGUGGAAGGAGAUAUUAAAGCACCAAAAGUGGAAAUUGAAGGCCCAGAAAUUGAAGGACCUGAGGGUGGUUUUAAGAUGCCAAAGAUCAAAAUGCCUUCAUUCGGAAUGAAGGGUCCAAAACUGGAGGGUCCAGAUGUUGAUGUAAAAAUCCCUAAAACUGAUAUUGACAUUAAGGCACCAGAUGUGGACAUCAAAGCUCCAGAGGUGGACCUUGAAGGACCUGAGGGAAAAAUCAAGGGCCCCAAAUUCAAGAUUCCAUCUGUCUCUGGUCCAAAGAUUUCUAUGCCAGAUGUGGACUUCAAUCUGAAAGGUCCAAAACUGAAAGGUGAUGUUGACAUGUCCAUUCCCAAAGUGGAAGGUGAUAUUAAAACACCAAAAGUUGAAAUUGAAGGCCCUGAAAUUGAAGGACCUGAGGGUGGUUUUAAGAUGCCAAAGAUUAAAAUGCCAUCAUUCGGAAUGAAGGGUCCAAAACUGGAGGGUCCAGAUGUUGAUGUGAAAAUCCCUAAACCUAAUAUUGACAUUAAGGCACCAGAUGUAGACAUCAAAGCUCCAGAGGUUGAUAUUGAAGGACCUGAGGGAAAAAUCAAGGGCCCCAAAUUCAAGAUGCCAUCGAUCUCUGGCCCAAAUAUAUCUAUGCCAGAUGUUGACUUCAACUUGAAAGGUCCAAAACUGAAAGGUGAUGUUGACAUGUCUGCUCCAAAAGUGGCAGGAGAUAUUAAAGCACCAAAAGUGGAAAUUGAAGGCCCAGAAAUUGAAGGACCUGAGGGUGGUUUUAAGAUGCCAAAGAUCAAAAUGCCAUCAUUCGGAAUGAAGGGUCCAAAAUUGGAGGGUCCAGAUGUUGAUGUGAAAAUCCCUAAAGCCGAUAUUGAUAUUAAGGCACCAGAUGUGGACAUCAAAGCUCUGGAGGUAGACCUUGAAGGACCUGAGGGAAAAAUCAAGGGCCCCAAAUUCAAGAUGCCGUCGAUCUCUGCUCCAAAGAUUUCUAUGCCAGAUGUUGACUUCAAUCUGAAAGGUCCAAAACUGAAAGGUGAUGUUGACGUGUCCAUUCCCAAAGUGGAAGGAGAUAUUAAAGCACCAAAAGUGGAAAUUGAAGGCCCAGAAAUUGAAGGACCUGAGGGUGGUUUUAAGAUGCCAAAGAUUAAAAUGCCAUCAUUCGGAAUGAAGGGUCCAAAACUGGAGGGUCCAGAUGUUGAUGUGAAAAUCCCUAAACCUAAUAUUGACAUUAAGGCACCAGAUGUAGACAUCAAAGCUCCAGAGGUUGAUAUUGAAGGACCUGAGGGAAAAAUCAAGGGCCCCAAAUUCAAGAUGCCAUCGAUCUCUGGCCCAAAUAUAUCUAUGCCAGAUGUUGACUUCAACUUGAAAGGUCCAAAACUGAAAGGUGAUGUUGACAUGUCUGCUCCAAAAGUGGCAGGAGAUAUUAAAGCACCAAAAGUGGAAAUUGAAGGCCCAGAAAUUGAAGGACCUGAGGGUGGUUUUAAGAUGCCAAAGAUCAAAAUGCCAUCAUUCGGAAUGAAGGGUCCAAAAUUGGAGGGUCCAGAUGUUGAUGUGAAAAUCCCUAAAGCCGAUAUUGAUAUUAAGGCACCAGAUGUGGACAUCAAAGCUCUGGAGGUAGACCUUGAAGGACCUGAGGGAAAAAUCAAGGGCCCCAAAUUCAAGAUGCCGUCGAUCUCUGCUCCAAAGAUUUCUAUGCCAGAUGUUGACUUCAAUCUGAAAGGUCCAAAACUGAAAGGUGAUGUUGACGUGUCCAUUCCCAAAGUGGAAGGAGAUAUUAAAGCACCAAAAGUGGAAAUUGAAGGCCCAGAAAUUGAAGGACCUGAGGGUGGUUUUAAGAUGCCAAAGAUCAAAAUGCCAUCAUUCGGAAUGAAGGGUCCAAAACUGGAGGGUCCAGAUGUUGAUGUGAAAAUCCCUAAAGCCGAUAUUGACAUUAAGGCACCAGAUGUGGACAUCAAAGCUCCAGAGGUUGAUAUUGAAGGACCUGAGGGAAAAAUCAAGGGCCCCAAAUUCAAGAUGCCAUCGAUCUCUGGCCCAAAUAUAUCUAUGCCAGAUGUUGACUUCAACUUGAAAGGUCCAAAACUGAAAGGUGAUGUUGACAUGUCUGCUCCAAAAGUGAAAGGAGAUAUUAAAGCACCAAAAGUGGAAAUUGAAGGCCCAGACAUUGAAGGACCUGAGGGUGGUUUUAAGAUGCCAAAGAUCAAAAUGCCAUCAUUCGGAAUGAAGGGUCCAAAAUUGGAGGGUCCAGAUGUUGAUUUGAAAAUCCCUAAAGCCGAUAUUGAUAUUAAGGCACCAGAUGUGGACAUCAAAGCUCUGGAGGUAGACCUUGAAGGACCUGAGGGAAAAAUCAAGGGCCCCAAAUUCAAGAUGCCGUCGAUCUCUGCUCCAAAGAUUUCUAUGCCAGAUGUUGACUUCAAUCUGAAAGGUCCAAAACUGAAAGGUGAUGUUGACGUGUCCAUUCCCAAAGUGGAAGGAGAUAUUAAAGCACCAAAAGUGGAAAUUGAAGGCCCAGAAAUUGAAGGACCUGAGGGUGGUUUUAAGAUGCCAAAGAUCAAAAUGCCAUCAUUCGGAAUGAAGGGUCCAAAACUGGAGGGUCCAGAUGUUGAUGUGAAAAUCCCUAAAGCCGAUAUUGACAUUAAGGCACCAGAUGUGGACAUCAAAGCUCCAGAGUUUGACAUUGAAAGACCUGAAGGAAAAAUCAAAGGCUCCAAAUUCAAGAUGCCAUCAAUCUCUGGCCCAAAUAUUUCUAUGCCAGACAUUGACUUCAAUCUGAAAGGUCCAAAACUGAAAGGUGAUGUUGACGUGUCCAUUCCCAAAGUGGCAGGAGAUAUUAAAGCACCAAAAGUGGAAAUUGAAGGCCCUGAAAUUGAAGGACCUGAGGGUGGUUUUAAGAUGCCAAAGAUCAAAAUGCCAUCAUUCGGAAUGAAGGGUCCAAAACUGGAGGGUCCAGAUGUUGAUGUGAAAAUCCCUAAAGCUGAUAUUGACAUUAAGGCACCAGAUGUGGACAUCAAAGCUCCAGAGGUUGACAUUGAAGGACCUGAGGGAAAAAUCAAGGGCCCCAAAUUCAAGAUGCCAUCGAUCUCUGGCCCAAAUAUAUCUAUGCCAGAUGUUGACUUCAACUUGAAAGGUCCAAAACUGAAAGGUGAUGUUGACAUGUCUGCUCCAAAAGUGAAAGGAGAUAUUAAAGCACCAAAAGUGGAAAUUGAAGGCCCAGAAAUUGAAGGACCUGAGGGUGGUUUUAAGAUGCCAAAGUUCAAAAUGCCAACAUUUGGAAUGAAGGGUCCAAAACUAGAGGGUCCAGAUGUUGAUGUGAAAAUCCCUAAAGCCGAUAUUGACAUUAAUAUACCAGAUGUGGACAUCAAAGCUCCAGAGGUUGGCAUUGAAGGACCUGAGGGAAAAAUCAAGGGCCCCAAAUUCAAGAUGCCAUCGAUCUCUGGCCCAAAUAUAUCUAUGCCAGAUGUUGACUUCAACUUGAAAGGUCCAAAACUGAAAGGUGAUGUUGACAUGUCUGCUCCAAAAGUGAAAGGAGAUAUUAAAGCACCAAAAGUGGAAAUUGAAGGCCCAGAAAUUGAAGGACCUGAGGGUGGUUUUAAGAUGCCAAAGUUCAAAAUGCCAUCAUUUGGAAUGAAGGGUCCAAAACUAGAGGGUCCAGAUGUUGAUGUGAAAAUUCCUAAAGCCGAUAUUGACAUUAAGGCACCAAAUGUGGACAUCAAAGCUCCAGAGGUUGACAUUGAAGGACCUGAGGGAAAAAUCAAGGGCCCCAAAUUCAAGAUGCCAUCGAUCUCUGGCCCAAAUGUUUCUAUGCCAGACAUUGACUUCAAUCUGAAAGGUCCAAAACUGAAAGGUGAUGUUGACAUGUCUGCUCCAAAAGUGGCAGGAGAUAUUAAAGCACCAAAAGUGGAAAUUGAAGGCCCAGAAUUGGAAGGUCCUGAGGGUGGUUUUAAGAUGCCUAAGAUCAAAAUGCCAUCAUUCGGAAUGAAGGGUCCAAAAUUGGAGGGUCCAGAUGUUGAUGUGAAAAUCCCUAAACCUGAUAUUGACAUUAAAGCACCAGAUGUGGACAUCAAAGCUCCAGAGGUUGACAUUGAAGGACCUGAGGGAAAAGUCAAGGGCCCCAAAUUCAAGAUGCCAUCGAUCUCUGGCCCAAAUAUAUCUAUGCCAGAUGUUGACUUCAACUUGAAAGGUCCAAAACUGAAAGGUGAUGUUGACAUGUCUGCUCCAAAAGUGAAAGGAGAUAUUAAAGCACCAAAAGUGGAAAUUGAAGGCCCAGAAAUUGAAGGACCUGAGGGUGGUUUUAAGAUGCCAAAGUUCAAAAUGCCAUCAUUUGGAAUGAAGGGUCCAAAACUAGAGGGUCCAGAUGUUGAUGUGAAAAUCCCUAAAGCCGAUAUUGACAUUAAGGCACCAAAUGUGGACAUCAAAGCUCCAGAGGUUGACAUUGAAGGACCUGAGGGAAAAAUCAAGGGCCCCAAAUUCAAGAUGCCAUCGAUCUCUGGCCCAAAUGUUUCUAUGCCAGACAUUGACUUCAAUCUGAAAGGUCCAAAACUGAAAGGUGAUGUUGACAUGUCUGCUCCAAAAGUGGCAGGAGAUAUUAAAGCACCAAAAGUGGAAAUUGAAGGCCCAGAAUUGGAAGGACCUGAGGGUGGUUUUAAGAUGCCUAAGAUCAAAAUGCCAUCAUUCGGAAUGAAGGGUCCAAAAUUGGAGGGUCCAGAUGUUGAUGUGAAAAUCCCUAAACCUGAUAUUGACAUUAAAGCACCAGAUGUGGACAUCAAAGCUCCAGAGGUUGACAUUGAAGGACCUGAGGGAAAAAUCAAGGGCCCCAAAUUCAAGAUGCCAUCGAUCUCUGGCCCAAAUAUAUCUAUGCCAGAUGUUGACUUCAACUUGAAAGGUCCAAAACUGAAAGGUGAUGUUGACAUGUCUGCUCCAAAAGUGAAAGGAGAUAUUAAAGCACCAAAAGUGGAAAUUGAAGGCCCAGAAAUUGAAGGACCUGAGGGUGGUUUUAAGAUGCCAAAGUUCAAAAUGCCAUCAUUUGGAAUGAAGGGUCCAAAACUAGAGGGUCCAGAUGUUGAUGUGAAAAUUCCUAAAGCCGAUAUUGACAUUAAGGCACCAAAUGUGGACAUCAAAGCUCCAGAGGUUGACAUUGAAGGACCUGAGGGAAAAAUCAAGGGCCCCAAAUUCAAGAUGCCAUCGAUCUCUGGCCCAAAUGUUUCUAUGCCAGACAUUGACUUCAAUCUGAAAGGUCCAAAACUGAAAAGUGAUAUUAAAACACCAAAAGUGGAAAUUGAAGGCCCAGAAUUUGAAGGACCUGAGGGUGGUUUUAAGAUGCCUAAGAUCAAAAUGCCAUCAUUCGGAAUGAAGGGUCCAAAAUUGGAGGGUCCAGAUGUUGAUGUGAAAAUCCCUAAAGCCGAUAUUGACAUUAAGGCACCAGAUGUGGACAUCAAAGCUCCAGAGGUUGACAUUGAAGGACCUGAGGGAAAAAUCAAGGGCCCCAAAUUCAAGAUGCCAUCGAUCUCUGGCCCAAAUAUCUCUAUGCCAGAUGUUGACUUCAACUUGAAAGGUCCAAAACUGAAAGGUGAUGUUGACAUGUCUGCUCCAAAAGUGAAAGGAGAUAUUAAAGCACCAAAAGUGGAAAUUGAAGGCCCAGAAAUUGAAGGACCUGAGGGUGGUUUUAAGAUGCCAAAGUUCAAAAUGCCAUCAUUUGGAAUGAAGGGUCCAAAACUAGAGGGUCCAGAUGUUGAUGUGAAAAUCCCUAAAGCCGAUAUUGACAUUAAGGCACCAGAUGUGGACAUCAAAGCUCCAGAGGUUGACAUUGAAGGACCUGAGGGAAAAAUCAAGGGCCCCAAAUUCAAGAUGCCAUCGAUCUCUGGCCCAAAUAUAUCUAUGCCAGAUGUUGACUUCAACUUGAAAGGUCCAAAACUGAAAGGUGAUGUUGACAUGUCUGCUCCAAAAGUGAAAGGAGAUAUUAAAACACCAAAAGUGGAAAUUGAAGGCCCAGAAUUUGAAGGACCUGAGGGUGGUUUUAAGAUGCCUAAGAUCAAAAUGCCAUCAUUCGGAAUGAAGGGUCCAAAAUUGGAGGGUCCAGAUGUUGAUGUGAAAAUCCCUAAAGCCGAUAUUGACAUUAAGGCACCAGAUGUGGACAUCAAAGCUCCAGAGGUUGACAUUGAAGGACCUGAGGGAAAAAUCAAGGGCCCCAAAUUCAAGAUGCCAUCGAUCUCUGGCCCAAAUAUCUCUAUGCCAGAUGUUGACUUCAACUUGAAAGGUCCAAAACUGAAAGGUGAUGUUGACAUGUCUGCUCCAAAAGUGAAAGGAGAUAUUAAAGCACCACAAGUGGAAAUUGAAGGCCCAGAAAUUGAAGGACCUGAGGGUGGUUUUAAGAUGCCAAAGUUCAAAAUGCCAUCAUUUGGAAUGAAGGGUCCAAAACUAGAGGGUCCAGAUGUUGAUAUGAAAAUCCCUAAAGCCGAUAUUGACAUUAAGGCACCAGAUGUGGACAUCAAAGCUCCAGAGGUUGACAUUGAAGGACCUGAGGGAAAAAUCAAGGGUCCCAAAUUCAAGAUGCCAUCGAUCUCUGGCCCAAAUAUAUCUAUGCCAGAUGUUGACUUCAACUUGAAAGGUCCAAAACUGAAAGGUGAUGUUGACAUGUCUGCUCCAAAAGUGAAAGGAGAUAUUAAAACACCAAAAGUGGAAAUUGAAGGCCCAGAAUUUGAAGGACCUGAGGGUGGUUUUAAGAUGCCUAAGAUUAAAAUGCCAUCAUUCGGAAUGAAGGGUCCAAAAUUGGAGGGUCCAGAUGUUGAUGUGAAAUUCCCUAAACCUGAUAUUGACAUUAAGGCACCAGAUGUGGACAUCAAAGCUCCAGAGGUUUAUAUUGAAGGACCUGAAGGAAAAAUCAAGGGCCCCAAAUUCAAGAUGCCAUCGAUCUCUGGCCCAAAUAUAUCUAUGCCAGAUGUUGACUUCAACUUGAAAGGUCCAAAACUGAAAGGUGAUGUUGACAUGUCUGCUCCAAAAGUGAAAGGAGAUAUUAAAGCACCAAAAGUGGAAAUUGAAGGCCCAGAAAUUGAAGGACCUGAGGGUGGUUUUAAGAUGCCAAAGUUCAAAAUGCCAUCAUUUGGAAUGAAGGGUCCAAAACUAGAGGGUCCAGAUGUUGAUGUGAAAAUCCCUAAAGCCGAUAUUGACAUUAAGGCACCAGAUGUGGACAUCAAAGCUCCAGAGAUUGACAUUGAAGGACCUGAGGGAAAAAUCAAGGGCCCCAAAUUCAAGAUGCCAUCGAUCUCUGGCCCAAAUAUUUCAAUGCCAGACAUUGACUUCAAUCUGAAAGGUCCAAAACUGAAAGGUGAUGUUGACAUGUCUGCUCCAAAAGUGGCAGGAGAUAUUAAAGCACCAAAAGUGGAAAUUGAAGGCCCAGAAUUUGAAGGACCUGAGGGUGGUUUUAAGAUGCCUAAGAUCAAAAUGCCAUCAUUCGGAAUGAAGGGUCCAAAAUUGGAGGGUCCAGAUGUUGAUGUGAAAAUCCCUAAAGCCGAUAUUGACAUUAAGGCACCAGAUGUGGACAUCAAAGCUCCAGAGGUUGACAUUGAAGGACCUGAGGGAAAAAUCAAGGGCCCCAAAUUCAAGAUGCCAUCGAUCUCUGGCCCAAAUAUAUCUAUGCCAGAUGUUGACUUCAACUUGAAAGGUCCAAAACUGAAAGGUGAUGUUGACAUGUCUGCUCCAAAAGUGAAAGGAGAUAUUAAAGCACCAAAAGUGGAAAUUGAAGGCCCAGAAAUUGAAGGACCUGAGGGUGGUUUUAAGAUGCCAAAGUUCAAAAUGCCAUCAUUUGGAAUGAAGGGUCCAAAACUAGAGGGUCCAGAUGUUGAUGUGAAAAUCCCUAAAGCCGAUAUUGACAUUAAGGCACCAGAUGUGGACAUCAAAGCUCCAGAGGUUGACAUUGAAGGACCUGAGGGAAAAAUCAAGGGCCCCAAAUUCAAGAUGCCAUCGAUCUCUGGCCCAAAUAUAUCUAUGCCAGAUGUUGACUUCAACUUGAAAGGUCCAAAACUGAAAGGUGAUGUUGACAUGUCUGCUCCAAAAGUGAAAGGAGAUAUUAAAGCACCAAAAGUGGAAAUUGAAGGCCCAGAAUUUGAAGGACCUGAGGGUGGUUUUAAGAUGCCUAAGAUCAAAAUGCCAUCAUUUGGAAUGAAGGGUCCAAAAUUGGAGGGUCCAGAUGUUGAUGUGAAAAUCCCUGAAGCCAAUAUUGACAUUAAGGCACCAGAUGUGGACAUCAAAGCUCCAGAGGUUGACAUUGAAGGACCUGAGGGAAAAAUCAAGGGCCCCAAAUUCAAGAUGCCAUCGCUCUCUGGCCCAAAUAUAUCUAUGCCAGAUGUUGACUUCAACUUGAAAGGUCCAAAACUGAAAGGUGAUGUUGACAUGUCUGCUCCAAAAGUGAAAGGAGAUAUUAAAGCACCAAAAGUGGAAAUUGAAGGCCCAGAAUUGGAAGGACCUGAGGGUGGUUUUAAGAUGCCAAAGUUCAAAAUGCCAUCAUUUGGAAUGAAGAGUCCAAAACUAGAGGCUCCAGAUGUUGAUGUGAAAAUCCCUAAAGCCGAUAUUGACAUUAAGGCACCAGAUGUGGACAUCAAAGCUCCAGAGGUUGACAUUGAAGGACCUGAGGGAAAAAUCAAGGGCCCCAAAUUCAAGAUGCCAUCGCUCUCUGGCCCAAAUAUAUCUAUGCCAGAUGUUGACUUCAACUUGAAAGGUCCAAAACUGAAAGGUGAUGUUGACAUGUCUGCUCCAAAAGUGAAAGGAGAUAUUAAAGCACCAAACGUGGAAAUUGAAGGCCCAGAAAUUGAAGGACCUGAGGGUGGUUUUAAGAUGCCAAAGUUCAAAAUGCCAUCAUUUGGAAUGAAGGGUCCAAAACUAGAGGGUCCAGAUGUUGAUGUGAAAAUCCCUAAAGCCGAUAUCGACAUUAAGGCACCACAUGUGGACAUCAAAGCUCCAGAGAUUGACAUUGAAGGACCUGAGGGAAAAAUCAAGGGCCCCAAAUUCAAGAUGCCAUCGAUCUCUGGCCCAAAUAUUUCUAUGCCAGACAUUGACUUCAAUCUGAAAAGUCCAAAACUGAAAGGUGAUGUUGACAUGUCUGCUCCAAAAGUGGCAGGAGAUAUUAAAGCACCAAAAGUGGAAAUUGAAGGCCCAGAAAUUGAAGGACCUGAGGGUGGUUUUAAGAUGCCAAAGUUCAAAAUGCCAUCAUUUGGAAUGAAGGGUCCAAAACUAGAGGGUCCAGAUGUUGAUGUGAAAAUCCCUAAAGCCGAUAUUGACAUAAAGGCACCAUAUGUGGACAUCAAAGCUCCAGAGGUUGACAUUGAAGGACCUGAGGGAAAAAUCAAGGGCCCCAAAUUCAAGAUGCCAUCGCUCUCUGGCCCAAAUAUAUCUAUGCCAGAUGUUGACUUCAACUUGAAAGGUCCAAAACUGAAAGGUGAUGUUGACAUGUCUGCUCCAAAAGUGAAAGGAGAUAUUAAAGCACCAAAAGUGGAAAUUGAAGGCCCAGAAUUGGAAGGACCUGAGGGUGGUUUUAAGAUGCCAAAGUUCAAAAUGCCAUCAUUUGGAAUGAAGGGUCCAAAACUAGAGGGUCCAGAUGUUGAUGUGAAAAUCCCUAAAGCCGAUAUCGACAUUAAGGCACCAGAUGUGGACAUCAAAGCUCCAGAGAUUGACAUUGAAGGACCUGAGGGAAAAAUCAAGGGCCCCAAAUUCAAGAUGCCAUCGAUCUCUGGCCCAAAUAUUUCUAUGCCAGACAUUGACUUCAAUCUGAAAAGUCCAAAACUGAAAGGUGAUGUUGACAUGUCUGCUCCAAAAGUGGCAGGAGAUAUUAAAGCACCAAAAGUGGAAAUUGAAGGCCCAGAAUUUGAAGGACCUGAUGGUGGUUUUAAGAUGCCAAAGAUCAAAAUGCCAUCAUUCGGAAUGAAGGGUCCAAAAUUGGAGGGUCCAGAUGUUGAUGUGAAAAUCCCUAAAGCCGAUAUUGACAUUAAGGCACCAGAUGUGGACAUCAGAGCUCCAGAGAUUGACAUUGAAGGACCUGAGGGAAAAAUCAAGGGCCCCAAAUUCAAGAUGCCAUCGAUCUCUGGCCCAAAUAUUUCUAUGCCAGACAUUGACUUCAAUCUGAAAAGUCCAAAACUGAAAGGUGAUGUUGACAUGUCUGCUCCAAAAGUGGCAGGAGAUAUUAAAGCACCAAAAGUGGAAAUUGAAGGCCCAGAAUUUGAAGGACCUGAUGGUGGUUUUAAGAUGCCAAAGAUCAAAAUGCCAUCAUUCGGAAUGAAGGGUCCAAAAUUGGAGGGUCCAGAUGUUGAUGUGAAAAUCCCUAAAGCCGAUAUUGACAUUAAGGCACCAGAUGUGGACAUCAAAGCUCCAGAGGUUGACAUUGAAGGACCUGAGGGAAAAAUCAAGGGCCCCAAAUUCAAGAUGCCAUCGAUCUCUGGCCCAAAUAUUUCUAUGCCAGACAUUGACUUCAACUUGAAAGGUCCAAAACUGAAAGGUGAUGUUGACAUGACGGCUCCAAAAGUGAAAGGAGAUAUUAAAGCACCAAAAGUGGAAAUUGAAGGCCCAGAAAUUGAAGGACCUGAGGGUGGUUUUAAGAUGCCAAAGAUCAAAAUGCCAUCUUUCGGAAUGAAGGGUCCAAAACUGGAGGGUCCAGAUGUUGAUGUGAAAAUCCCUAAAACUGAUAUUGACAUUAAGGCACCAGAUGUGGACAUCAAAGCUCCAGAGGUUGACAUUGAAGGACCUGAGGGAAAAAUCAAGGGCCCCAAAUUCAAGAUGCCAUCGAUCUCUGGCCCAAAUAUUUCUAUGCCAGACAUUGACUUUAAUUUGAAAGGUCCAAAACUGAAAGGUGAUCUUGACAUGUCCGUUCCAAAAGUGUCAGGAGAUAUUAAAGCACCAAAAGUGGAAAUUGAAGGCCCAGAAAUUGAAGGACCUGAGGGUGGUUUUAAGAUGCCAAAGAUCAAAAUGCCAUCAUUCGGAAUGAAAAGUACAAAACUGGAGGGUCCAGAUGUUGAUGUGAAAAUCCCUAAAGCCGAUAUUGACAUUAAGGCACCAGAUAUGGACAUCAAAGCUCCAGGGCUUGACAUUGAAGGACCUGAGGGAAAAAUCAAGGGCCCCAAAUUCAAGAUGCCAUCAAUCUCUGGUCCAAAUAUUUCUAUGCCAGAUGUUGAUUUCAAUCUGAAAGGACCAAAACUGAAAGGUGAUGUUGAUGUGUCUGUUCCAAAACUGGAAGGAGAAAUUAAAGCCCCAGAUGUGAAUAUUAAGGGUCCAGAACUUGAUAUCGAAUUACCAGAAGGAAAGAUCAAGGGCCCCAAAGUCAAGAUGCCAUCAAUAUCUGGUCCUGAAGGUCCAAAUGUUGAGGUUAAUUUUCCAGAAACAAAUGUCAAGAAGUCUAAAUUCAAAAUGCCCAAGUUUGGAUUUAAAGGGCCGAAGAUUGAAGCACCUGAUGUUGAUGUCAAAUUUCCGAAAGGAUCUAAAGUGAAAGGUCAAGCGGGUGUCAGUUUGGAAGGUGAUGUAAAUAUGCCAAAAGUGGAAGUUGAUUCUUCAAGUAUAGAAGUUAAAAGUCCAGAGGGAGGAUUCAAGAUGCCAAGAUUUAAAAUGCCAAAGUUCGGUUUUAAGUCACCCAAAGGAGAAAUUGAUGUCAGUGUACCUAGUGGUGACAUUGGUUUAAAAUCAUCUGAAAUUGACAUCAAGACUCCUGAUCUUGAUGUUGAGGGACAAAUCAAGGGCACCAAAUUCAAAAUGCCAUCGAUCUCUGGCCCAAAUAUUUCUAUGCCAGAUGUAGACUUCAACUUGAAAAGUCCAAAAGUCAAGGGUGAUAUUGAUGUUUCUGGACCCAAUAUUGCAGGUGACAUAAAGGCUCCAAAAGUGGACUUUGAAGGACCUGAUGUUCAGAUAGAGGGCCCAGAAGGUGGCAUCAAAAUGCCUAAAAUCAAAAUGCCAACAUUUGGGCUCAAAGGUCCUAAAGUGGAGGGCCCAGAUGUUGACAUCAAUUUCCCCAAAGCAGAUGUUGAUAUUAAAGGACCUGAAAUUGACAUCAAAACUCCAGAUCUUGACAUUGAAGGACCUGAGGGCAAAAUAAAAGGUCCCAAGUAUAAAAUGCCUUCCGUAUCCGGUCCAAAAAUCUCUAUGCCAGAUGUAGAUUUCAACUUGAAAAGUCCAAAAGUCAAGGGUGAUAUGGAUCUUUCUGUACCAAAGAUUUCAGGGGAUGUAAAGGCACCAAAAAUAGACAUUGAAUGUCCUGAUGUUGAUUUUGAGGGCCCAGAAGGUGGCUUCAAGAUGCCUAAAAUGAAAAUGCCAUCAUUUGGACUCAAAGGUCCUAAAGUGGAGGGCCCAGAUGUUGACAUCAAUCUCCCCAAAGCAGAUGUUAACAUUAAAGGACCUGGAAUUGACAUUAAAGCUCCUGAUCUUGACAUCGAGGGACCGGAGGGCAAAAUCAAAGGUCCCAAGUUUAAAAUGCCUUCCAUAUCAGUUCCAAAAAUGUCUAUGCCAGAGGUCAACUUAAAAGGCCCCCAAAUAAAAGGUGAUAUGGAUGUUUCAGUACCUAAGAUUUCAGGAGACAUAAAGGCACCAAAAGUGGACAUUGAAUGUCCUGAUGUAGAUAUUGAGGGCCCAGAAGGUGGCUUCAAGAUGCCUAAAAUGAAAAUGCCAUCAUUUGGACUCAAAGGUCCUAAAGUGGAGGGCCCAGAUGUUGACAUCAAUCUCCCCAAAGCAGAUGUUAACAUUAAAGGACCUGAAAUUGACAUUAAAGCUCCUGAUCUUGACAUCGAGGGACCAGAGGGCAAAAUCAAAGGUCCCAAGUUUAAAAUGCCUUCCAUAUCAGUUCCAAAAAUGUCUAUGCCAGAGGUCAACUUAAAAGGUCCCCAAAUAAAAGGUGAUAUGGAUGUUUCAGUACCUAAGAUUUCAGGGGACAUAAAGGCACCAAAAGUGGACAUUGAAUGUCCUGAUGUAGAUAUUGAGGGCCCAGACGGUGGCUUCAAGAUGCCUAAAAUGAAAAUGCCAUCAUUUGGACUCAAAGGUCCUAAAGUGGAGGGCCCAGAUGUUGACAUCAAUCUCCCCAAAGCAGAUGUUAACAUUAAAGGACCUGAAAUUGACAUUAAAGCUCCUGAUCUUGACAUCGAGGGACCGGAGGGCAAAAUCAAAGGUCCCAAGUUUAAAAUGCCUUCCAUAUCAGUUCCAAAAAUGUCUAUGCCAGAGGUCAACUUAAAAGGCCCCCAAAUAAAAGGUGAUAUGGAUGUUUCAGUACCUAAGAUUUCAGGGGACAUAAAGGCACCAAAAGUGGACCUUGAAGGUCCUGAUGUUGAUAUUGAGGGCCCAGAAGGUGGCUUUAAGAUGCCUAAAAUGAAAAUGCCAUCAUUUGGACUCAAAGGUUCUAAAGUGGAGGGCCCAGAUGUUGACAUCAAUCUCCCCAAAGCAGAUGUUGACAUUAAAGGACCUGAAUUUGACAUUAAAGCUCCUGAUCUUGACAUCGGGGGACCGGAGGGAAAAAUCAAAGGUCCCAAGUUUAAAAUGCCUUCCAUGUCCGUUCCAAAAAUGUCUAUGCCAGAGGUCAACUUAAAAGGCCCCAAAAUAAAAGGUGAUAUGGAUGUUUCAGUACCUAAGAUUUCAGGCGACAUAAAGGCACCAAAAGUGGACAUUGAAGGUCCUGAUGUUGAUAUUGAGGGCCCAGAAGGUGGCUUCAAGAUGCCUAAAAUCAAAAUGCCAUCAUUUGGAUUCAAAGGUCCUACUGUGGAGGGCACAGAUGUUGACAUCAAUCUCCCCAAAGCAGAUGUUGACAUUAAAGGACCUGAAAUUGACAUUAAAGCUCCCGAUAUUGACAUUGAGGGACCUGAGGGCAAAAUCAAAGGUCCUAAGUUUAAAAUGCCUACCAUAUCGGGUGCAAAAAUGUCUAUGCCAGAUGUCAACUUAAAAGGCCCCAAAGUCAAGGGUGAUGUGGAUGUUUCAGGUGACAUAAAGAGACCAAAAGUGGACUUUGAAGGUCCUGAUGUUGAAAUUGAGGGCCCAGAAGGUGGCAUCAAGAUGCCUAAAAUCAAAAUGCCAUCAUUUGGUCUCAAAGGUCCUAAAGUGGAGGGCCCAGAUGUUGACAUCAAUCUCCCCAAAGCAGAUGUUGACAUUAAAGGACCUGAAAUUGAUAUUAAAGCUCCUGAUCUUGACAUUGAAGGACCUGAAGGUGGUUCAAAACAUGUUAAGUUCCCAAAAUUCAAAGGUCCCAACUUUGGAAUGAAGCCUUCAGAUGGCAAUCUUUCAAUACCUGAAAAAGAUAUAGGGGCAAGUAUUGAUGUCAAAAGCCCUGAUGUCAACAUCAGUGGACCAGAUGCAAAUAUGAAGGUGCCAAAAAUGAAGAAAUCUAAAUUCUCGCUUGGAGUUAAGAGCCCAAAAUUAGAUGCAGAUAUUCCUGAUGCUGGUGGUAGUGUAGAAGGACCUGAUAUGAACAUAAAUGUGAAAGGAAAGAAAGGUAAAUUCAAAUUGGCCAAAGGGAAGGGGAAGAUUGAAACCAUCAAGGUGGAGGCAAAUGAACCUGACUUACAGAUGAAGUCAACCAAAGUAAAGAAACCUCUUUUUGGAAGGUUACAUUUUCCAGAUGUGGAAUUUGACAUCAAAUCUUCAAAGGCUAAAGGUAGUUCAUCUGCCUCUGGAACUAUAAAAUCAUCUGCUGAUUUGCCUUCUGCCAGCCUUAAAACUGAUAUUCAGACACCAGAUGCUAGUUUGGACAGUCCUGAUUUCAAAACAAAAGGAGGAAAAAUCAAAAUGCCCAAAGUUGGCAUCUCUGGCUCUGAAAUAAAAACUCCUGAACUGGUUGUUAGAGAUGCAGCUUUAGAGGUUCCAGAAAAGACCUUUCAAUCCCCAGAUUUCAGUGUAGCAGGAUCAGACAUUAAUGGAAAAGGCAAGGCUAAAUUUGACAUAGGAGGAAAAAUACAGGAUGUUGAGUUGAGAGGGCCUACUGUAAAUGUCCAUGGUGGUGCAUUAGAUGCUGAUUUAAGUCUCACAGAGCAAAAAGGAGUAAAAGGGAGCAUUGAAAUACCAGGCUUUAAUGUAAGAGGACAAAAGGGAGAGACUGCAAGUGGGUUAGACAUGAAGCCAGAUGCAUCAUUAUCUGGUGUGAUGGAGUACCAAGAAGGUAAUGUAACCUUUCCUAAAAUCAAAGUACCAAAGUUUGGUGUUGCAUUGCCUAAAGUAGAUGGAGGUGAGAUGAGAGUUGAUGUAGGUUCAAGUGAAUUGGCUACAGGUUCUCAAGUUUCUUCCCAAAGUCUGGAAAUGGAGAACACUGAUAUGAAAAGCAGUGGUGGAAAAGUGAAAGUCAAAAUGCCAAAAUUAUUUGUCAAAUCUAAAUCCAAAGUUGGCAGUGCAGCUGAUCUUACUGUUGAGGGAGAAGGUGUUGAUGUUACAAGUAAAGGUGGUGCAAAGGUGUCUAAAGAGUUGAGCCUUAGUUCUGGGGAAUUGACAAGUGGCAAGUUAGCAGUAGAGGGAAGCUCUGGGUUUAAAGUUUCACCAAAGAGUAAAUCUGCCUCCCUUGACCUCUUCAAAAAAACACAUCAUUCAUCUUCUGUAAGUGACGAGGGAGGUUUAGCUUCCCCUGUUUCUGCUGAAGGCCACUUACAGGCAGAGGGUGGCAACAUUUCAGGUGAUGUUGGAGAAAAGGCCAAAGGAAAAAAAGGAAAGUUGAAGUUUGCUACAAUUGGAGGUUUUAGCUCAAAAAGUAAAGGUUCAUAUGAAGUGACAGAUGAAAGUGAGGUUAUGAUUGAGGGUGCUGGUGUAGUUGCUCAGACUUCAAAGAAGUCCAGAAUGUCAUCAUCAUCCAGCAGUGAUAGUGGUACAAAAGGCAGUUUUCGAUUUCCACAACUCGAAUUAGCUAUGUCACCAAAGAAAUAGUUUUUACACUAGUAUCUAUACACAGUACACACACACACACACACACACACACACUUUUGUCAGUCUAGAUGACUGUGUAAAUCUGCCUUUCAUUUAAACAAUAGUGCACUGCCAUAUUGACUUUCUUCACUUGCCACAUAUGUUCUUUACAGGCAUUGGUGUGUGUGUGUCUAAUAUAUAUAUAUAUACUUUUUUUCCCUUCUCUGAAUCACAAUUUAACUGUAAAUAAGAGAAAUCUGUUAUGUAAUUCUAAUUUUGUUUUGUAGAUAGGAAGUUCAAAUCCAAUCCAACAAUGUGUGUAGUUAAUAUAAAAAAUUUGUCAUCUGACAACUUGUUCUAUUUUUGUACUUUAGAAAGUUUUGGAACUAUGUUGUCCUUUCUAAAAUUGCAUGGACACAUUUAAAUGCAAGAGUGAUUUUAGUUAGAUUUAAGAGGUUUUUAAAAAUUCAGCUUCACUUACAUUAGUAGUGCUGUAUCAUAUGUCAUCAUUGCAUAUGAUUAACUAAUUUGAGCAGUGAUAAACCAGAUCUCAGUGAGCACGAUUAAGUUUAAGGGCUGUACAAACUGUAAAUAAUUUGAGUCAAAACCAAUACAUGGGAUAACAUAAUUGUGUGUCUCAAAUAUUAUGACAGUUCAGAUAUUAUGGAAUUUACACAGAGAUUAUAAUCUUCUAAAGUAUUUAUAUCUAAGACUGUCUUUUUCAAUGAUUGCUUGAAUAUCUUUAAAAUGCACAACAAAAAAGCAGUUGGCAAAAGCUGUGACUUGCUUUGAUUUUUAAAUGGUUUCUAAGGUAUUUUUCUUGAUUAUAUCAUCCACAUUUCUUUACAUCCGGAUGACUCUCUCUCUUCCUCUCACUCAGUUUAUGAAAUGCUGUGCUGUAAUGUGGUGAUAUAACUACAGGAAUGCUAAUGCCAAUGGUAAAACAUUAAUAUUUUGAAAAGGCAUAAAUUGUGCAUUUGCCCUUGUAAAUAAUGGGACAUUUAGGCUGCAAGUUUCUAACUUUUUUCCCCCCUUGUAUCACUUGCAAAAAAAUAAAUAAAGUGUACAAUUAUCAAUA